AUGGACCCAAACCUUUUGAGAAAUCUUGGCUACUUUUCCGUGCCAAAUAACCAGACCCUCAACCCUGUUGACCAGUCUGGCAGCACAUCCGCCCUAGGCUCGGCGCCAUCACAGCCGCAGUCAUUAUGGGACGAGUCUGCCCUGGCGGCUGCCACCCUCGGCAGACCAAAAGAUGCAUCUCUAUCGGGAUCUCCUAGCAUAUCACUAGAUUCCCUGGCUGCCUCCACACCUGGCUCGAAUUUUAACCUCUUUAGCCCAAUUAUGCCAUCUUCACCCAUGUUCGGCCAGACUCCGCGGCCUGUUAUCCCGCCUCGCAAUCAGCGGACAAGGGAAGGCCACGACAAAAAAAGCUCUGGUUCCCUGUCACAGACAAAACCCCCUACACCACAGCGCUCUGCGACCUUGGUGUCUCAGACCCCAUCCUCUGGACAGAAGAAACGAGAAGACAGCUUCGACGACAGUGCCCUCGACAAGGCGCUAUCGGAUGACGGAUUCUCGUACUCGUCCAUAAAUCUUGCGGACCACAUGUCCAAGAUUGAAUCGAUGCCACCACCUGAGAUACCGCCGAGGGAAGGACUGUAUUCAACGCCCUUGAGCUGGGAAAGACCACAAAUGGGACUUCGCCUCGACUCACUCAUUAGCCUUCAAACGCCGAGCCUCAGCGACGAUGAACAGCGGCGCCUGAUUGCCAUAGCCAUGAACUCGGGCGCCACUCUGGGUGGCCUGGGUGGCAACAUCAACGCGAACUUCGGCAUGCAAGGAAAUUUCUUGGGGCCAAGUCUGGGUUCGGGACUGGGUUCGAGACUGGGUUCGGGGCUGGGUCCAGUUUCUUUGAGCCAAUUGUCGAAUAGUUCUGGCAGCAUGAUGAACCCGAUGAUCACACCAUCCAACUCCAGCACAGCCCCUCCGACCUCUCCAACACUAAACCCGAAGUCCGAGAAGGGAAAGGAAAGGGAACGGGAAAAGCCCAAGUCGGCUGACCGCACCGCCCACAACGAUAUUGAGCGGAAGUACCGUACCAACUUGAAGGACAAGAUCGCUGAGCUGCGUGACGCCGUUCCAGCUCUUCGUACUAUACCUGAAAAUGCAAUAGACGACGGAGAUGACAGCAACCAACCAGGCCGGGGCCCCAAAGUCAGCAAGGUGAGGUACGGUCCUAACGAAGGCAACUGA